ACGUCACAGAGGUCACAGCCGUACAAAUUGUGUAAGGGUGUUGAACAUCAAUGCUGUCCUGAAAAGUUAUUAAUCCAAUGAAAAUAAACCGUGAAUAUGGAAAAAUCUAUGCGACAAAGGGGAAAACACGACAAACUGAAGAGAAAAAAAACAGUUUCGAAGGAAAGGAUACACAAUAGUGAAUGCCAUCACGUUACCGACCUCGUCUCAAAGUUGGAACAUCAGGAAUCAAACUCAGACGCUGGUGAUUCAGAAGAAUCAGCAUUAUCUAUUACAAGAGCACCAUUUCCUGUUGCUAUGUGGGAUGUAGGUCAGUGUGACCCAAAGAAAUGUUCUGGACGCAAGCUUUCCCGUCAUGGACUUAUCAGGCCUCUGAGGCUAGGUCAAAGAUUUGGUGGUGUUGUACUGACCCCAGUGGGAGAAAAGUGUAUCUCUCCCAGUGAUCGGACCAUCAUAUCUGCACAUGGUCUAGCAGUAGUGGACUGUUCAUGGGCAAAAAUUGAUGAGACACCCUUUACACAAAUGAAAUCAACACACUGCCGCCUUUUACCAUUUCUUGUUGCUGCCAACCCAAUUAAUUAUGGAAGACCAUGUCAGCUGUCAUGUGUGGAGGCCCUGGCAGCUGCUCUUCACAUCACAGAUGUUCCAGAUUUUCUGUCGUCGUCAUCAUCAUCAUCAUCAUCAGAAAAUGAAACCACUAUUGAUGAACAAAAUAUAUGUGGUAUAAAAGAAGACAGCAGUGCAAAUACAUAGUUCCUUCUUGGAUCACCGUUUAGCUAAAUAUAGAAUAUUUCAUCAAUAGACAUCAAAGUCAAUUUUCAGUUAUCAAGCUCCCUCCUAUGAAAAUACAUUAAAAUUACAGCCAGUCUGUCCUGUUUCUGUUAUCUUACCUGUUGGUCCUCAUUGGUGGAUACUGAGAAAUAAAAUGCAUUCUUUGGGCUAGGAAAGACCAAGAUGACAAAAUACUAGCAUAAUCUAAGCAAGAUGUUCAGAACUUCUUUGAAAUGUGGUACUUCUGUUUGGUUAUUAACAGUCAGUUAACAUCUGAAACUAAAUAAACUAUUAAACAAUGUGGAAUGGGAGUGAAGGUUGAAAGACAUAAAAUUAAUUUACAUCUUCAGCUAUCUGUCUCAAGGAGUCAGGGUAAGUACAAAAUAUGCAACACAAGCACAAAGAAAAUUGUUUUAAAUGUAAUGUAUUACUGAAAGUGCAUAAUACAUUAUGAAAUAAAACAUUCAACUUCCUGUAGCCAAGUUAAAUUUGCACAAGAAAUUAAAGAAAAAGAUGUUACAUAAUCUUCAAGAGUAUUUCAAUUUACCAACAUUUCCCUUAGGUUAAAUUAAUUCAAAAUAUAUUGGGCAUUUAAUUAAGGAUGUAACUGAAAACAUAUUUGUAUCAAUUCCCUCUGCAACAGCAGAGUUUGUGUAAUGACAAAAUUCCAGAGUAAUUUAUAAAAUUUAUACCCAAACAUUACAUGAAAAUUCUGUGACCAGACUUAUCUCGCAAGUGCAGUGCUCAAUUCAUUGUGCAACACUACUGCAACAGAGACAGGAAUGAUAACUUUUCCACAUGACUGACACUCCUUUAAAACCAGUCCUUCCCUUGUACGAACAGUGGGUAUCUACUUCACAUUACAGAGCACUGACAGUAUACAAAAUGGUAAUUGUAUAUUUAAGAUGCCAUACUGGAGAGUUGCAUGAUCUGUGUUUAUUUUGUUCUACAUGUAUAGUAACUUCUACAGAACUGUUAGCAAAUGCAUUCUAAAUUCUAAAUACAGUUCUGAUCUGAUUUUUUUUCCUCAACGUGCUGUAAAGACAGCUCUCCCCAGUAUGACAAUCACUUCACUAUACUCCAGUAAGCUAUGCCCUAACCAAGAAAUUAAAUUUAGUGAGAAAGUCAAAAAUGGCAAAACUUUCACCAUUUUAGGGGAUAGAAAUUAUACAAACAAAUAUGAGACUACUUUUCUUCUUGUACUUAUUCAACAGACACUACAUCUAACUAAGCAACUAAUAAUUCCAAGAAACACUGAUGAUACAGUACAGUAAUAAGUAUACUAACUAGUCAGAAACUGAAGCGACGGAACUCGAUCCAUCGGACAGAUGAACUCUUGCAGCAAUUUUUUCAUAUGUGUAGUGCACAUUCACAACCACAGCAAAUUAAAACACAGGUAAUACAGAAUGUAAUUUGGAAUGCUCCUUCAUUCACUGCUACAAUGCACACUACAACUAUCGAAUCUGCAAUACUAUUUUUACUUGCAUUAUAAUACUCAAAUUAACUGUCUAACAAUUGAUGGUUGUAGCAAAUGACAAAAUAAAGGAACAUUUAUAAAUAAACUGUACAGAGUAACUCCAAUGCAUAUUUGUGUGCAAAGUUCUUUCCUAAAUGGAGAUGUAAAAUUCAGCAUUAGUUUUCUAUCCAAACAAAAGUAAAAGUGCCAAUUAGACUCGACCAAACUUGUUUCGAUACCGUGCCAUUAUGGUUCACAGUGAUGAGGCACUGGAAAGAAUAACACACUGCCUCACUUGCUCAUUAAGAGAUUCGGAAGGAUAAGAGAAUUAGGAUGGCAUUGCCUCAACAGAAUGAACUGGCAGACAUACAAAGUUUCUUUUGCUUUCAGCCCACAAUGUGAUUUGUUACCAAGCAUGUAUAUACAUAUGAAUGUCACAUCUCACAAAAAACUGGAAUCUGAAAGAAUAAUUUGUGAGCAUAAUGUUAAAUUCAUUCUCAUACAAUAAAAUCUAUCAGAGUCCCACCUCUCCCCCCACAGCAUAACCACUUUAAAACGUUUUCUUCUUUAAGAUACUCUACAAUUUUGCUACUCACAAACAUAUGAAAUAACAAAGUGGCAGCUCAAGAUUAAUGAAUCAAAAUUCAGAAUUCUGCUACUUGUGUGAAAGAUGAGGUCUGGGAAGAUAAAAUAUGGGGAGGAGGGGGCAAACAACACAGAUUAUUUUGUGAAAAGAGAGGUCUGCUCACAACAUGACACCCAAAUUCAAAAGUAUGCAGUAGACCUCAGUGUUGGGCUGCUAAACACAUGCCUCCUGUCAAAGUAAUUAUUAUAUACAUUUUACUUGUUCAGAAGGUAAGGAAAUAGCUCACAACAAGAAUUACAGCUACAAUUUGUUUCAGGGCAAAAUUAAAUUAGAAGAUGGAAAUUCUUACUGAUUCUGCCUCACAUUCACCCAAAAUUAUUUUCUCUUUGAAUAAAACUGUUGUACUGAAUACAGGCUUAAGAGACCAGAUGUGUGUGUAUAUAGACACACACAGUUUGCUGCCAGAAAUGGAUUGGGGAAAGGACAAGGGCAAUGAUAUAAGGCAGAACAAAGGAACAUGGAGCAAGGUCAUAAUCAACUAAUAUAAUGUCUGAUCAUAUGUUCAAACCUUCUUCGUUGACCACCAACAUUAUAAUAUAUUUUUGUUAUAAAAAUUUCCCACUGAUUUUCCUCUUCUUUCUUUACAUUUUCUUCCACACCUCAUCAUUCACUGUCAUCUCUGUGGGGGGAGUGGGAAUCAAAUAAUUACUACCUAAUAGUAUUAUGCAUUCAUAACCAAAAUAUCCAUCAAAUGCAAUUCCCUGAUGUCCAUGAAAGUAAAAAUCAGUGAUAGCAAUUGCUUCACAAAUACAUGAUCCAUCCCUCUUUACUUAUGAUGAAUUACACAGAAUGACACACAUGAAAAAAGCAAAAAAUGUCAGUGAUGUUAUUGUUACAAACCAGAAAUGUUCAGUUCCCCAUUUUGGGACCACAGUACAUCCAAUAAGCCUCCUGAGCUUUGCUGUAUGAGAUGGAAAUGCCUAGCCACACUGCAGAUUCACUGCAUGAUGAGAGGUCUCUGAUACUGCAGAAAAUUCUGAAUACAGUGACUCACGACCUAUUUGGCAGAUGCUACAACUAUAGCAAUGAUGAGCAACAUGUAAUCCAGUGGAUAUAAGACUUCAGACUUUCACAGGAGUGAAGAUUCAUAUUGUAGUCUUUUACAUCACAAUGUUGUGUUGUCCGAUUGGUGGGUGCCAACAUUUCAAGGGAACACACUAUCUCCAUCUUCAGAGUAGAAGUGAGAAAAGUUUUGACAACUGGCAGAUUAUAUAAAAAGUGGGAUGAAACCCAUCAUGAAAGAUAGAUAGAAGUGUCCAAUCAGAGGCCACAAUAGGGCUGCUUUCUCUUCUACCCUGAUGGAGGAGGCAGUACAUUCCUCUGGAAUACUGGUAUGCAUCUACCAGACAACAGUGUUCCAACCCAGAAGACAACGCACCAUUAAUUUUGACAGUGAAUUUUAUAAGCAGUUUGUAUCGGCUCCUACUGCACCACUGCAUAUUUCUUGGUUCAGUAAGAAUUAAAUACAUUAAAUGCAAAGUCCCAACAUAAUUAGUUAUAUAUGUAGCAUAUGACCCUAAAGUCAAAAAAAAAUAUUUAAUAAUAUCAGAACAAGAACUUCCAAUUGCCUCCCUUCCAAUAUUUAACCAAAUUUAACCAAACUAAUAAAUACCAACAUAUAAUGCAAAAGCACUUCCUGUGAAAAUGCUAUUUUUCUUCACACACAAACUGAAAAAGUAAAUUUAUGUAAAUUUAUUUCUAUUUCACACACAUAUCUAUAGCACAUUCUAGAAAAUAUUACUAACUAAAUGCUACCUUACUGAAACAUGAUACUCAUCACUGUUAAAUGUAACUGAUGUAAUUAAGAACUAAAUAUAACAUUAAUUAUCCAGCCAAAAUCAGCCAAUUACCUGAGAAAUGUUUAAUGCUAAAAUCUCAGAUCUCUCAAACCUGCAGAAUACAGAACUAAUCUGCUUCCAUUAUACUAAAUGAAUGUUAUCUGACUUUGCUGGACAUCAGUGGCAAGGGACGUUGAAUGAGUCCAUCAACAAAAGCAUGAAAUACAACAAAGGUAAGUCUCAUCAGCACCUACUCCACCUUUCAUGUCAAAAUACUUCCACUUCAAGACAACCUAAUGAGAACAAGAUCGUCUGUUUCAGCAACCUGUCCUUAAAGAAGGCAGCUCAAAGUGAAUCCUACCACUAAGUAAUGUCAAAAUAUGAGCACAGAUAAAUGUGACAAGCAGACAAGCAGCUACAGGUCAUUUGAAUACCAUGAGCAAUCUACACAGCCCUCUUUUCAACUAUCACACUAAUACACUGAGGAAGAUAAUAAUGAAGAAAAGAAGGCAUUUCUACAGUGAAACCUAUAGCAACAACUGAACACAUAACCACUUUCCACCCUCUUCAUUCCAACCUUGCUCAUAUCAGCUACAAAUUAAUUUGUGUGAAAAAUAUGAUCAUGAUAAAUGCCUUGGUAUUAAAAAUAAAAAAAAAA